AUGAUCAAGCGGGGGGAAGAAGGGAGCGGUUUCCACGUUUUCAAUUUUGCGCCAGAUCAGUAUCACCGCGCUCAAGUUCUCCAACGGGCUGGGGCCAUUGACAUUACUUGUGAGCUUGAGAAGGUCAUUCACGGAGCUUUAUCAGCCGAUAGUGAUUAUUAUGCGACUCUAAUGGUCAUGCGAUGGGAUUUUCAGCCGAGAAAUGGACGGCGGAUCUCUGUGGCUACCAUAGAGCUUUUAUUCCAGGAUAUCUCAGAUGGCGGCAGCAUCCAGGUUGAGAGAAUCUCAUUUGACGGUACAUUCAGUUUGAUGCCGAAAACACAACAAGAGAGCAUUAUAUCAGGAGACAAUAUCGAAGUUAAACAUAAACUGGAUACUGUGCUCCAAAAGGCUAUAAACGAUAACGUGCUGAUGAUCUGCUCCUCUCUUGAUGCGGGCAAAUUCGCUCAAUAUGACUACCCAAGUGGCCCCUGGGGCCAUAAAUACUUCUUCCGUAUCGGUGCUGCCCGUGCUGAUGGCAACGUAUUCGAAUGGACUGACGAAGCCGGCAUUGCUUUUGUUUACCGGGCGUCGAACAGCAUCUAUCAUGCUGAGAACAACAUAAUAGGCGAUAAUGCUGCCAAAAUCAAGUACGAAACAGGUUUGAGCGUGGCUACGGCUCUGGCAGCUGGACUUGCCGCCAUGAUCAUCUACUGCGUCAAAGCCAGCAUUCUGGCCCUUAAAACCGCUAACCAAAAUAAGGGAUAAGUCGUGGGUAUCGCGAUAUCAGACAAUACUGCAGGUAUGAUUGCCAAACACGAAGCCAUGAAGCGAGCUUUUACCUGCUUAGGUGAAGUGACGCCGAAUAAAUUCAUACAAGUAUGGGAGAAGCUGGAUAAAAUUAGCUCCAUGUUGAAGUCACGGACUGGAGAUUUGACUCCAGAGCUUAAGUUGGAGCGCACGAAUCAGUUUGUGCAAUUCGGGUCUCGACUUGCAAGCAGCAUUCAAUCAGAUGGGAUAAAGAGAAGGCUUUAAAGGAAAGAGAUGUUCUCAAGGUGCCUUGAAAUGAUCAAC